UAAGGAACGCGGCUAUGUUAUUUGCGGAUCUAUUCGGACCGAUGGCUUUCGCCUCCAGUUAACGGCAUUCAAGCUGAAGGAGCUCCUCUCGGUUCGGUACAGGCGGCAUCCCACGGACAUGUUGCCUUCUCGGAUUACGUCCACUGUGGGUGGAGUCGACUACUACCUAACUGAGGUUCGGAACGUUGUCAAGACGAAGCAGGAUGUCGCAGUUCUUUGGGACUGUGAACCAGAGAAAAUCAAGAUACUAGGUCUCGAUCUUGGUCAAGCGUUUGUGGUUGGAGCGAGCGCUCUAUUGCCUGAGAAGACCUUAGAUGACAUGAAAAAAUCCGUCAGCCUCGAAGAUGGAAAGCCACGCAGCGACAGUUAUAAUCCAGAGCAAGCAUGUGUUACAGGAGCGAGUAUGCCGAGAUCCAAGGAGAGCUUCCAUCAACAGAACAGUGCCGUCGAAGAACGCAAACGGUCGAUCCCGCUAGGCGCAGCAAAAUCUAUCAGCAACAUCGAAAGCGAGCUACCAGCCCUUUGCGGAAAGGAUGCCAGCGUUGAAAAGUACGUCGCGGGAUUAGCAGGCGUCAAGGAGCAGCUCGACGAGUUCUACAACAAAAGCGCCACAUUCAAAAAGCACCAGUGGGAUGCCAGAAAAGCUAGAGAGGCAGAAUUCGACAUCAUCGCAGAUCGCCUGCUCAAUAUGGUUGGAGGAGCGCUUGGUAGACAGCGAGAUGAAGAGGAUAAGGUUGUAAUCGGCAUUGGUCUAGGCAAGUUUUCAUCCACGGGACGACUUUCCUCGUUACAUGAGUCCUUCCAAUCGUACUUUGUCCAAAGGGUUAGUGCUUCAUUGCAAGAUAUUCGAUUUCUUUUUUUUUUUUAAAAAAAAAAAAACUACUGAUGACGCUGAUGAGGCGCCUUACGUUCUGUGUCCGUUAGGCAAGGGCGCUCGGGUAUAUUGUCGUGGGCGUCAAUGAGUACUACACGUCAAAGAAGUGUCCGAUGUGCGAGGAGUUUGUCGGCCAGGUUCAGAUACGUCGGCUGUAUUGCAAGACCUGCAAGACAUACAUGCACCGCGAUAUCAUGGCGAGCCACAAUAUUUGCAACGUUAUUCGAGGGUACUUGCUUCAGCAACAGAGGCCAUUCUAUCUUCAGCCUGUAGAUGAGAAUGGUAGAUAUCCUUGGAUGGAAGCUACACAGACAGUAACCGAUAGCGCGGGCACCAGUAGCAGCAGCAUCAAUAGUAACAGUAGCACUAGCAGCACCAAUAGCACCAGUAGUACUAGCAGCACCAGCGCCAGCAAGGGCAGUGUGGCCCGAAAGAGGACAGCAUCAACCGUGGCUGCAGAACAAGAAGGAGCUCCAAGGC